CUCAUCGCAAAUCUGCAUCCCUCCUGCGGCCUGCAGCGCCGGUGUUUUUCCGCAUGUGCGCAGGUGUGCUCUGCAUGUGCAGGCUCUGUUAACCAGUCCUGAAUUAACUCCUCGUUUUAACGACAGGCUGCUCUGCUGCGUCGCACCGACUUGGUACAACGAGGUUCUUAUUAAAAGCAUUUUAAUGCAGAUUGCAGGCGGUUGCAGGUUUUUACCUUUUUGGAGGCCCGCGCGGGGAGAAAAUCCGAAUUAACCUGCUGCCAUAGAGACGAGCAACGCGAUGCACAAGCGACACUUCCGUACUGAGUGACUCACAGGGGUGGGGAACUGACAGGAAAAAGCUGUCAGUGUUUCAUCCUUCCGGGUCCUUUCUGCAUUAUUUAACACAUCUCAGCGAUGGCUGGAACUGCUUCUCCUUGAUGAUGAUGAUGAUGAUGCGACUCACAGCUGGUUUUCCAGGUUUGGGUCAGUCAGUCUUGAGCGGAACCGAGGAAGUCUUGAAACGAGCUGCUACUAGGUCGUUUCCUUGCAGCUAACUGAAUGCUGGAGGUUGUCAGGGUCCUCAGCACGUAGCAAAUGCUGUUCUUUUCCUUGCUUUUCAGGUGAGCCAUGUCCUCCUCAGCCUGCCAGUGGACUUUUCUGCGCCCAUUUGUCAUCAGCAGCCUGUUGGUGAUGAGUUUUGUAGUUCUUUUCUGCACAUACUACAAGCCUGACAUCAAGUUCCCCACCUUUGACAUUUACAUGGAGAGAGGCAAUCAUUCCUGUCCUACAGUUGUGUGUGCAGAGGGACCACAGAUCCAGAACUCAAACUGCUCCACAGAGCUGCACAUUAAUCCAGAUCACAACGACAACCAGAAGGUCCAGACUGCAGCAGUGGACACUGAGCCUGAUACUAUUUUAUUGAUCUGGAUGUGGCCAUUUGGCCGCACGUUUGAUGUCAACUGUGGUAUUUAUAAUAUCGAAAGAUGCCUCCUGACAGAUGACAAGUCUCUGUACCACAAAGCCCACGGGGUUAUCUUCCACCACAGGGACAUUCAUGGAAAUCUUGCAAGCUUACCAAAAGAGCCGCGUCCCUGGUUUCAGAAAUGGGUGUGGUCAAAUAUGGAGUCGCCUGCAAACUCAGCUCCAAUCCCUGAGGUCAAUCACCUUUUCAACUUGACAUGCAAUUAUCGGCUUGAUUCAAAUAUUCCUGUGCCUUAUGGGUAUCUGUUGCCAGUGACACCUGAAGAUGAGAGUUUCAAAUUGCCAGCAAAGGACAAGCUGGUCUGCUGGGUUGUGAGCAACUGGAAUGCACAGUUUAAGAGAGUUCAGUUCUACAAUGAAAUGAAAGAUCACAUCAAGAUUCAUACCUAUGGAAAGGCAUUUGGCCAAGAUCUCAGUGAACAAGAUUAUUCGAAGAUAGUUUCUAGUUGUAAAUUCUAUCUCUCCUUUGAAAACUCUGUUUACAAAGACUAUAUCACAGAGAAGUUAUACAGACCUAUGAGUUUAGGAACUGUGCCAAUCGUUCUGGGCACACAAAGACAACAAUAUGAGGACCAUAUCCCAGGAGAUUCUUUCAUCCAUGUCAAUGACUUUUCUACUCCAAAGGAGCUUGCAGAGAGGCUUAUUUACCUUGACCAAAACAAUUCUGAGUACAUGAGAUACUUUAACUGGACAAGCAGGUUUAAAGUGAAAACUUCUUGGUUUGGCAAAGAACAAGCUUGCAAAACUUGUGGUUACUUACAAAACCACAAAGGAUACCAGGCAUUUCAUGAUCUCAACAAAUGGUACUGGGGUUAACAGAGAACAUUUGCCAAGUUACAUUUCAGUCUGGGAUAGUGUCUUUUGAUUUGCUGAAGGGGUCAUAAUGCGGUCAACUGUGAUAUUUCUAAGAAGUUACCCAAAGUCUGCAGUGAUGGUACCCUUGGAUUCUGUGGUUGUGCAUGUAGUUUCACGGGUCAGCAGCUGCUUCAUACUUCAUUUAUUGUGGAUAUAUUGCUCAUCAUAACUUUUAUACUUAAAACAUAACACAAGCUAUUUCAGGAAAAUUCAGCAUUUUGUAAGAACCACAGCAGAGGAAACUUAGCCACAGCAAUCUGCCAGAAGACUGUUUCUGGUAUCACUAUGUUCAACGAGGCUCUUUGUCAAAUAGUGAUAUUGUUUUCAUUUCUUUCAACACAUUUUUUCGUGACUGUUGCGCCCCAUCGUGAUGGAGAUGGAAGGAAUUUUGUUUUCAUUGUUCAGUAGUAGUGUUGAAACACGUGACGUGUUUCUCAGACACAUCUCAGAACCUGUCUGCAUGGCUGGAGAUGAGUGGAGGGAAGAGACAAUGUGCUGUAUGUUUGUUUUUUUUUUUGUUUCCUGACCUUUAAUUGUGCACAAACACAUGAAGAAUUAAAUCAAUGUCUUCUUUUCUUUUCUUUUUUUCAUUCAAUGGUUUUGUAAGUAUUUUCAAAUUGGACCACCUGGAAUUCAUUUGAGGGAUUUCAGGUGCAAACAUUGUUUAUUUUUCAUUGGAAAUUAUUUAUGUUAAGAAUCAGCAAUGCAACAAGUUCAAAUAGAGUUUCUUGAAUCAAUAAUUUAUUUUGUUGUUAAAAAUUAUAUUCAUUGCAAGCAGCCAAUAAAAAAAACUGC